UUUACCUCUUAUAAUGCAAAAUAACAAUGAAUUUUUAAUUCUUUUACGUCAACAAAUUAAAAAUUUAAAGAAAGAUGAUUUAUUUGAUUGUGCAGUUUCUCAUUUAUUAAUUUUUGUUGGGGCUAACUUUGCUGGAUUUGAACGUAUAUCUCUUGGCUCUAAAAACCUUUUUGAAGGUUUUGAACCGAUUGAACAGCUGAAGGAGCUUUUUUUUAAUGAAUUAUCUUUUGGAUUGAAUAAACCGUUUGAUGGAGCUCGGUUAGUUAUUUAG